GCAUCUCAACCAGUUGAACAUGCAACUUUUAGGGAGGCACACAAUUGGACCCAUCGGUAGUUGCAUUUGUACAUACACGUAGGCUGCUCCCCCAACAGGAAACAACGACCUGCGUGUAAGGAAGCUUCUGCUGUGGAUCCAGAUCGGUCUUAUCUGUGCGUGGCAUAAACCUGGUGCACACACACACACACACCGCCUCCUGCCUCCUGCUCCAACACUUUGUGAGCUGGAGCUCGUUUGUUGUGAACGCGUUAGAAUUAGUUUGUCCACAGAGGCUAAUUGAAGUCUGGCAGCGGCGGAAAAAAAAGUUGUUUUGUUUUCACCGCGAGAUUUUUGAAGCAGGAUUUCAGCAUGGAUACAGCCAGCGACUCACUCGGGGAAAGUAAGCCGGUGUGUCAGUGUGCCACCAAGUCUGCGGUGCAGCGGUGGUUGCCAGGUUUCCCUAUCGCUCUGUGCUUGCUGAUGUCCCUCAGCUCCAUCACCGUGUGUCUCCUCAUGAGCUUCAAGACCUUCCAGCUGGAGAAUCGACUGCAGAUGGAGAUGGUCUACCCGCCGCACGGGGCUUUUCUUAACGAGGAUGGGUCCUUAAUCCCAGAGCUGAGCACACCCAUACGGAAACUCGUGGAAGAGAAAGUGGUGGUACUGAUGCCAAAAAUGCGGACGGCAAGGGAUGUUGGCCCAGAAUGCUCCUGUCCUCCAGGGCCUCCAGGAAAGCGUGGAAGAAUGGGAAGACGAGGGGAACCUGGACCGCCCGGCAAGGUUGGACGGGAUGGAUACCCGGGUCCUCUGGGCUUGGAUGGAAAACCAGGUUUACCGGGUCCUAAAGGAAGCCAGGGACCAGCCGGACCCAAGGGAGAAAAGGGUGACCAAGGAGACAUUGGGCCACGGAUGGUCUAUCCCCGCUAUGACCAUGGCUUUCUCUCUGGAGAGCAGUCCAACAGCUUUCAGAGACGCUUUCUGAAGGGUGACCAGGGCCAGGCUGGACCCGCAGGUCCUCCCGGUCCUCCAGGCCCUCCUGGCCCCCGGGGCCCCCCUGGGAACACAGGCAAGGACGGACCCCGUGGCCCUUCUGGGGAGCCGGGUUUUCCAGGUCGUGAUGGUAAUGAGGGAGCACAAGGAUUGCCUGGGAAGCCGGGAGAAGAUGGUGAGCCAGGUUACCCUGGACCACAGGGUCCCCCCGGUACAAAGGGUGAGCCAGGUACAGCGGAAAAGGGAGCCAGAGGUAUGGAUGGACUCCCAGGAUUAAAGGGUGACAAAGGGGAGGUAGGAGAGCAAGGACCACAGGGACACAUGGGUUAUCCUGGUGAAAAAGGCACAGCGGGUUCCUCAGACAUCAUUGACUUCAAUGGGAAACUGCUAGAUGCUUUCCAGGCCAUCAACACCAUCAGCGUUUCGGGCCCACCUGGACCACCUGGAGUCCCAGGCCCUCCAGGGGAAAAGGGUGAGCUCGGUUUACCUGGUCCAGCAGGAGUUGAUGGGGAUAAGGGUCCUAAAGGUGACCUUGGUGAUACAGGAUCACCUGGUGAGAGAGGGGAGAAGGGAGAGAUGGGGCUUUCUGGGCCUUCUGGUAUUGAUGGACAGAAAGGAGAAAAAGGCGACUGCAGACUGGAUGACAACCUGGUUCAGAUGAUUUCACAACCAGGACCACCUGGUCCAUCAGGACCACCAGGAGUUCCUGGGUCACCUGGAUCCAUGGGGCUUCAUGGGAUGCCUGGUCCUAAGGGUGAGCCUGGAUUUGGGAUAAAGGGGGAGAAGGGGGAAGCUGGUACACAUGGACUCAGGGGACUAGAUGGCCAGCAGGGUCUAACUGGAUCUCCAGGUUUAGUGGGACUUCCAGGAGCCAAGGGAGAUAAAGGCAGACCAGGGGAGCCUGGACUCGAUGGUUUCCCAGGUCUGAUGGGAGAGAAAGGCGACCGAGGAGAGAGAGGAGAGAAGGGUGACAGGGGAGCAGUGGGAAAGAGAGGUCUUAAGGGCCAGAAGGGAGAGCAGGGUCCUCCAGGUUUGGACCAGCCUUGCCCUGUGGGUUGUGACAAAACUAAAGGUCUAUCUGUGGAGGCAGAGCUUUCUUCCCUUCCGGCUCCUCCUUCUCCUCCUCCUCUUCCUCCUUCUGGCCCUGAGGCCCCCUGUCCAGUGGGACAAGAUGGUCUGCCAAUACCAGGUUGCUGGCAUAAGGAGGACAUGGCGAGGCAGAAGCUCAAACGCAAGCGUCUCUCUCAACCCUGAAGGGGGGUGGGGCCUGUUGGGGAAAGGACACAUUGACAGGCAGAGAGUGGGAGGGGCAAAUUGGCCUAAAUGAAGCAGAAGAGCCAAGUCAUUCUUCUGUGUCAUACUGAACACUCACAUCCUGUUACGGAAACUCUCCAGGAGGGGGCAACAGAGAACACUGUGAUUCCACAUUCACUUGGGGAGAGAAGACACACACAUUGAAUGAUAAUGUUGUGCAUUAGCUUGGUCAAUGAUGUCACGGGCACAUAAGGAAGGAUUUACUGCACAGAUAUGGUUGAUCUCUCAUGUGGCUCUUUUGUAAAGGUUUUCACUAUUUACAUGCAUAAUCCUAACAAGGCAAAGCGCUGUUUAGCAUCUUGAAAACAUGUAUGUCGUGCGUACCCGAAAAAGAAAGAUGAAGUGAGAGCAGCUUCUUUCUCAUUUGCAGUCAGCAGUCCUUAUCAGUCUUUCCAUUUGAACAAGCCACUCAGAGGACCUUUUCUGUGGCUCACACAUACGGCAGUGGUGACUUGUGUGAUGUUUUGUUCCACACUGUUAUAUUCUUAUCUGAUUUUGUCAACCUACAUUUUUUGCAUUCCUGUGAAUUGGCAUGCUUGCAGAAUAUAUACUGUAGAUAGUGAAAACUUCAAGGCCGGAUUUGAAGGAACCAUUCACAGUAUUUGUGUUAAAUCAGUGUUUCAACCAGGGAGCCAAUCAGCUCCAACUUUAGAUUGUUUCUGUUUUAGACGGCUUUAAAACAAUUAUUGUUUAACGUAUAAUUUUCUUAAUAUUUUCCAGCGUGACUGAACGUUAACUUUUAAUCACAGAUGAAGACAUGUUUAAUUACUCUAGUCUGUUUUCACAUUGUAAGUUCUUGCUGCUGACUUAAAUGCGUGUUUUUGUUUGAACCAAUAUUAGUCAUUUAGACUGAAGGACUAACAGAAAGAAGUAUGAAAUUUAAAACAAAUGUAUACACAACUAUUGUUUUUUUCCUGUGGUAAUUAUUCCUUUUAAUUCUGCAGUACACCUCCGUUUAUAAAACAUUUUGUAUUCUAUUUUAAUUAUCACAAGAUUUAUUCUUUCUAAAUCCCUUUUUUCAGGUUGAAUAAUUUCUUGGGGCUUAAAUGCUUAAAAAAACCUUUAACAAAAAAACCCCAAAAAAAAGCUCUACUGUUCACACAUUAUGCAAACAGUUCAGCAGAAUCAGACCCAUAGACUGACACAUGAAUAAUUUCAUGUUAAUGUACAUAGAAUCAUUAUUUCACUCUGUUGACAAGUGAAGAAAUUAAAUUUACUUCAGCGGGAAUCUGUAUUUUCUUAAUGAUCAUCCAUAUGAUCCUACAUUGAUAUUAGUUGCACUUUUUGGUCACGUUAGCAUGAAGGACUGAGGAUUUGUCAGAAGGAAAACAAAUGUUUAACUCAAAGUAAAACUGGAAUAAUUUACCUAUUGCAAUUUGGUGAAUUUGUUCAAAGGGUAAUGUAAAAGUAAAAUCUAUAGGAAACAUGAUACAUUGGCUAAUUUUGUCAUUUGAAUGUAAACUGGCUCAGCUCCUGUUCAUUUUCAAGUCUAAAAUGAUACAUGGUAACUUUACUAAAGCUAUGUAGUUGUCAUUUGACAAAACAAGUCCCAGUUGGAUAAACUUUGGUGUAAGAACCUGCUCCUUUUUUUUUGUUUAACUUGAGUAUGGUUUUGUAAGAAAGAUCACUUCAUUAUAUGCAGGUAAUCCCAUUGAACCUCUACAAUACUAUGUUUAUAAAGCUGGAUUCUCGAAGAGUUUUCUAUGAAACAAAAAAUAAUAAAUGAGUUGCAUAUCAUUGAGCUAUGACAGAAUAGCUGACAAACUUUAUUUGUGAACCAUGGCGAGUGAGAUGUUAGUUUGUUUAUUGUUGGGUUGGGUUUUGUAUUGUUCUUGAAAGAAGAAUGGUUUAAAUGCGAAUCGCACAAGGCUUGGCAUUAUUUUACUGGAAGCUGAUGGUUCUCUGUCACCUUUCUUCUUUUUACAGGUCCUAUCAGAAGUGGUUUUAAAGUGUAAUGAAGUCAAUAAAUGGCAAAGUAUCUGAAUCCAGCUUGGCGUUUUGGAAUAACAUAGAUAACAGUAUUAGCUUGACUUUGUGAGAAUGUUUUUCAGUUGUGUUUUUGGUUGUAAAAGAAUUAAGCUAUUUUUGUAAUUAAUGUCAAAAUAUGUUAAACUUGAAAUCUGGUUAACUAAACAUGUAGAUCGAAAUAAACUCUGGUUUCAUGGUUUCUUGUCCAUUAAAUCAUAUGUAAUCGUGUACAGUUA